AUGAGUAACCAAUCCAGGAUACCCUUCUUAUCAUAUAAUCAUACCACCAUUAAUAAUAAUAAUAAUAAUAACAAUACAAGACAGAAUAAUAAGAUUGAACCUCCUGUAUAUAAAAAACCAAAAUUAUCAAUGUCACCUAUACCGAGAUCCCCCAUGCUAAAGGAUGUAACCAACCAUUUCAAUUCUCAUACUACAAUGUCAUCAUCUCGAAUAGCAAUACCGUCAUCAUCAAGAAGACUUUCAUUCGACCCCUCUAAUAAUAAUAUCGAAAGGAAAAGCAAUACCCCAGGGAGAGUACUCACGUACAAUGGCGAUAAUAAUGUUAUAGAAACAUUCAAGAGACGUGAAAGAAAGAUAAUGAAAGGUAUAAAUCAUUUAAAGAACGCCAUUGUCGAAAUUGAGAAAGAUAUCUAUAAUUUUAAAACUUUUGAAAUACCUGAACUCAUUUUGAAGAAUUCAAACAAAUUGAAUGAUAUUACGUCUAUAAUGAGGACUAUCCACGAAUUGAGUGGGAAACUAGAUAUGAGAUGUAUGGAGUUGGAUACGAUCGGGAGAGAUGAGGUUAUGAUUGUGAAUAACCUACAAUUACAAUUUUCUGUAGAAGUGCAAGAACUGGAGAAUAAAUUGGAUAGAGAACGGUUCGAUAAAAGUAUACAAUGUGAACAGAAGCUGAACGAUGUAGAGAAUAUGAAACCCAGUCAAGAUAUCCAAGAUGAAAUUAAUUCAUUAAAUUUACAAUUGAAUGAUGUUAAUGAGAAAUUUAAUAAGAUUAAAGAUGAAAAUGAGAAAAAAUGUCAUGAUUUUGAAAUAGAAUUAAAAGAGGAAUUCGAAAAGUUUAAAACUGAAAAAAACAUACCAAUGAGUGCUUUACAAAAUGAACAAGAACAUUUAAAUCUUGAGCUUAAGGAGACGCAGUUGAAAUGUGAAACAUUUGAAGGCAAAAUCUCGAAUAACGAUAAAGAAAUACAGUCAAUGAAUCAAGAGAUAUUAGCUAUACAAAAUUUAAUCACUAAAACAAAUGAAUUAAAUAUAUCACUGCGACAGAACAAAAUAAUAUCUCAAUCCAAAUUAAAUGAACAAAAUAAGAGCCUAGCAAAAGUUCAAGAGAAGGCAUCGUCAAUAGAAAAAAUUCAUAAAAUACAGCAUGACAAAUUAAGACAAGAAAGGAUGACAAGAAAAAGAUUAGAAAAUAUUGUUGAUGAAACUAACUGUAAAAUUAGAUGUUUUGCAUUCAUUGAUGAAAAUAAAUUAUCUGAACGGAAUUUUCAAAUAGAUUAUAUGAAUAGAACAAUAACAAUACCUGGGAAAAGGAACAAUCCUUUAUUCAUUAAUAAAAUCAUACCGAUCAAUAAAAUGUCAGAAUCUGAUUUCCUUUUACAAGAUUAUCAAAUGUAUUAUGAUUUGAAGAUAAAUAAAAAAACUGAUUUCAGUUUAUUUACAAUCUCGAAUAAUAAUGGAGAUACAUGGGAUUCCCUACGGUAUGAAAUGUUACGCUUCAUGUCCAUUAAUUAUCCAAGUUACACUACAUUGAUACAACAUGUUUUUAUUGCGAACGAUUCCGUGACCGAUAUAUUAAGAAAUGAUCAAUCAGAGGCUGGCAACAUUAACAUUGAUAUCAAAGCUAACAGUAUUUCUUUGGAUUCUUUGCAAGUUGAUUUGAAAAAAAUAGAUUUGACGACAAUGAAUCACCAUAAACCAUUGCCUGAAAAUGGUAUUCAUUUUUCGAAACUACAGGUAUCUAUAACCCGACAUUCCUCACCGAUAAACUUUUAUUUCAUUCAAAUCAAUGAUGAACCGACGAGGCAUGUUUUAGAGAGACUAAUAUCUCGACCAUCACCAGCUUUAUUAUAUCUUUCAACUCCAUCUUCUUCUCCUUCCUCUUCAUCAUCUUUGAAGUCACAAGAUACUGGAGACGUUACAUUAGUGGCUCGAGUUUUGAAAACGGUCCUCUUGGGGUUAUCCUCUUCAUUGUUAUUCAAACUUGACAAUGAGGAGACCAUUAACUCUUUAACAGACUCCAUAGAGAAAUUCAUUGAUUAUCGUUGA